AUGGAGAAGGAGACUGCGACGGCUGCGGCGGAAUCCCAUGUAACCAGCGAUCUCAUCAGCGGCCUUCCCGAUGAUAUCCUCGGCACAAUCAUCUCCCUCCUCCCCACCAAGGACGGCGGCCGCACGCAGGCCCUCUCCCGCCGAUGGCGCCACCUCUGGCGCUCCGCGCCCCUCAACCUCACGGUCGGCCUCCCCAUCUUCCUCCCCAGCUUCAUCCCUCCCUCCGCUGUCUCCAAGAUAAUCACUGAGCAUCCUGGUUCCGCCCGCAGAUUCUUUUUCCUCGGAUUACCCCGCGGCGGCGACCUCUACUCUGAACUGGGGAGCUGGUUCCACUCCCGAGCCCUCGCCAACCUCCAGGAGCUUAGUAUCCGAUGCUUCAAGCCACCUCCGUCCAGCCACCUGCUGCUACCAUCCCUGCUCCGCUCCGCGUCCACUCUCCUUUUUGUCACGAUCAGCCAUAUCAAUUUCCCCGAUCAGAUCGCACCAUGUAUGCGUUUUCCUCUCCUCAAGCAGCUCUCCUUGCUUAGCCUUUCCAUCUCCGGGGGCGUCUUCCAUAACUUACUCUCUCGCUGCCAUGCCUUGGAGAGCUUAUUCGUGUCGAAAGUUCGUGCUGAGGGUUGCCUCCGUGUUAGUUCCGCGACUCUUCGUAGCAUUGGCUUAGAGGGCAACCAUUUUCGGAAAACGGAAUUGGUCAUUGAGGACGCUCCUCGCCUUAAAAGGCUAUUAUUGCCUCGCGGAAAUGGUUGUCGGACUAUCCGGAUAAUGAGGGCACCUAAACUAGAGAUAUUAGGCCCCUUCUCACGUGAUUUCUCCAAAAUUCAGGUUUUCAAGGGAAUUAGCCCAGUUAGCUCGGCAAACUCAAUGCACACAUUGAAGGUUUUGGCUCUCAGGUCUUCCGGCCAUGGACUGCACACAGUUCUUAACGUUCUCAGGGGGUUCCCUUGCUUGGAAAGGCUCUAUGUUAUUUUUUACAAACACCAUGAGAUGGAUAAGAAAAGCGAGGCUUGGCACGACCCACUAUUUCCAAUCGAAUGCCUUCAGACCUAUCUAAGAAAGGUGGUGUUCAAGUCAUACGUAGGCUAUGACGAGCAGCAGGUUGGCUUUGCGAGGUUCUUUGUUUUGAAUGCGAAAGUGGAAAACAGAGCUUCCCGAGAUGCUCAAUUUGAAUUCAGGAGUAAUUGUUAUUGGACUGAUAGCCAGAUCAACAAGUGUAUCCAUGAUUUCUCAGUAGCCGACCCCUUCAGACAUCCAUAGACAGGGUUGGAGCCUGAAGAUUAU